CAUUAGUUGACGGCCGGUGUCUGCGUCGAACGUUCUGUGAAAGUCUGUGCGAUCUGUUCGAAUCCACGUGACCGUCGUCUGGAACCACCCUCCCCUACAAUGUUCCCGCAACGAGAAUGACCCAAAGACGAACCUCCGGAUGAUUCCGUUUUUGUAAUGGAGUGUUUCAGUAAUUUCUGGUCGCGUCGCGUGGAAGAGACUUCGACGUCCUGGUGGUCCUCCAAGCAUCACUUCGAGGACCUCCUCAGCCAUGAGAUGAUGGCAAACGAAGACUUGCGCGAGGUUCUUCGGCUUAAAGCCGAGCGGCAUCGCGAGUAUUAUAAGAAUUUAACAGAAUGCGAUAAUACCGACGAUCGGGUUUUGGAACCAAGUGAGAAGAUGGCGCCACCGGUCGCAUCCAACGUCGAUUUGAUCGACGACGCGACUAUAAAAGAACCUAAAAGGCAGCGCCGGACUGGGGUAUAUGAACUCAAGUCGGGGAGCAUUUUCAAAAGUGUGAAACUCCUGAGAGAGAAUUAUAUUGCCAUGCUACAGAAAACAAAAGAGAGGUUCCAGGAGAGGGAUGAAACGUUGCUUGCACCCCCCAGUGGGUACAGCACUGGGACUAGCGAUGACGAACGCGAAACAAAGAAUAAGGUACAAAGGUGCGGAAGUAGCGACUCGGCAAUGGGGCACAGCGAAGAUGAAGUUUGGAGAGAGAAGCAAGACGUAAAGAGCCCCUACAGCCCUCGGGGGUCCAUUGAUCACGAUAAUGUUCCAAGUCGUACCCUCCUUGAAUCAAAGUGCGUGCCACUUCCGGUCGACCGGAAGUUCAGUGACUGUGCCAGUGAUUGUGACUAUAAUGACAGUCGGAGGCAUAGUUGUUACACCGAUGACGGAGAGGAGCCUCGUUGUCGGUACUGGAGGACCCCUUCGGUGGUUGUGAGUGAUUAUUCGGACGAUAUCAUGGGACUCACUCUUGAAGACAUUGAGUACAUCCGGAGUCAACGCAAAGAGUCCUCAUCACCGGACUCAAGUCUGCAUAGUUCUUGCAGCAAUUUGAAUUAUUGUGGCUCGACGAUUAGUGGUCUCGAGUCGGAGUAUGUCCUCAGGAAGCCGUUCCGGAAGUCGUCGAAUUGUUCCACAUGCUCAACGUUGAGUGACGACGAAGGGGAUAAUCUCCAGGUGAAAAAAGAGCCUUCUGGUUGGAGGAAACUACGAAAUAUCGUCCAAUGGACGCCAUUUUUUCAAACGUACAAAAAACAAAGAUACCCAUGGGUUCAACUUGCGGGUCAUCAGGGUAAUUUCAAAGCAGGGCCGGACCAAGGAACAAUUUUGAAAAAGCUUUGCGUCAAAGAGGAGAAAUGUUUCAAAGUUUUAAUGAAAGAUGUCUUAAGGCCAUACGUUCCUGAAUAUAAAGGUUUAGUUGCAAGUGAUGAUGGGGAGUGUUCCUAUAUCCAACUGCAAGACCUUUUGGGGGAUUUUGUUUCCCCCUGCGUUAUGGACUGUAAAAUUGGGGUACGGACGUACCUCGAAGAAGAAUUAGCCAAAGCUAAAGAAAAACCGAAAUUGCGAAAAGAUAUGUACGAGAAAAUGUGUCAAAUUGACGCGAAUGCUCCCACGGAGGAGGAACACAAACUGAAAGGGGUGACAAAACCCAGAUAUAUGGUUUGGAGGGAGACAAUCUCGUCAACAGCAACGUUGGGAUUUCGGAUAGAAGGAAUACGGAAAGGGGAUGGUACCUCGAGCAAGGAUUUUAAAACGACAAAGUCGAAAGAACAAAUCAUGAAGGCUUUUCAGGACUUUACGGAAGGAUUUCCACACGCAGUGCCUAAAUACAUCCAGCGGUUGAAAGCAAUAAAAGCUACUCUUGAGACAUCAGCGUUUUUCAGCAAUCAUGAGGUCAUCGGAAGUUCGUUACUUUUCGUGCAUGAUCGUUACAAUGCCAACGUGUGGCUAAUUGACUUUGCCAAGACAAUAAAAUUGCCAGAAAAUGUGAAAAUUUCGCACAGUUCUAAAUGGAAAGUGGGAAAUCACGAAGACGGCUAUCUAAUUGGUGUCAAUAAUCUCAUUUCGAUAUUCAUGACGAUGUUGGAACAACAACCGGUUGCCAUAUCGCCACCUUUGACACUUCCGGAUCCGCCGGAAAUUGCCGAUAAAAAGGAGGAAACUUGACGAUCUCAAAAUGGGAGUUUUUCGUAGCAAUUCUUGAACUAGUCGAGAAUUUUUGUUUUGUUAAUAAUUAACGGUUAUCAUUGUAAAUGAAAAAUGGUAUUAUUUAUUUUUUAAUUUAUAUAAUUUCGUAGUUGUUGCCACAAUGUAUUGCAUUUAACGUAAAUUGUAACCAUUUGCAAUGAGAUGACGGUUUUUUGUACUGAUUUCAAUGUACCUACAAUACAGUAACUGUCUCGGAAGUGACCCCACGAGUAGGUUAAGACUUAGCAUUAUUAUUAAUUAUUCAUUCGUUUCACAAUCAUUUAUUUUCAUACUUACAUGAAAUAUAUUCUAUUAUAAUA